AUGGACAGCAAUGAUGGCAGUGCGGUUACAGUGUCAUCUACCAGCUCUGGCUGCAUUUCUGCCAAUGCACUGAAGAAGCCAGCCUGCAAAAGGCCUGCUGCAGCCAUUGGUGGCGCAGCACAGAAAAAGCCAGCAAUGGCUCCAAAGCAGCCUCCCAAGCAGACAUGGGUAGAGUCUGCCAGCUUUGGCUGGAUCAAAGCCACCAAAGCUACAGAAAAAGCAUACAUCCAAGCCAGGGAUGAUGAAACAAGCAAAGCUUACUGCUUGGUGAAUAUUGGCCUGGCAAAAGGCCCUCAGCAAGAUGCAGCUGUUGAGAAACUGAUGGCAGAAGCUGCCAAGUCUGGCCUGGCAAAGGCCCAGCUGGUGGAGCUCAAGAACUCCUUGCUCAGAGGGGCUUGGCCUGAAGAAGGCUUCCAGCCUGAAGAAGGCUCCAUAUGGCAAGCCUGCAGAAGGCUUUGGCAUGCCAAGGUGCAAAGCAAGUGCCUGAAGAAGGCAGGGCCUUUGCCAGACCACCCGAUGGCAGGUGAGGAAAGAAACACCUGCCCUGGGAAUUACCAGCCAGUGCCUGGAAGGGCAACAAAAUUGGCAGAGAUGGGGACCAAUAUGUCAGCUCAGAUGGCAGAGGGACCACAACUGUGUGGAGAGACCGGUUCCUCAAGUGGAUCAGCUGGACCUGCAGCAGGGCCUGCACAAGGCCACAGUGGGCCUGGAGAAGGCCACCAGACACCUUGGGGCUGGCAAGAGCCUGGACAGGAAGGCUACUGGAAAUGGUGCACCCCCAACCCUGACAGGUACUAUUUCAGGGGAAGAGGCUCCCAAGAGAGAAGGGAAAAGAAAAGGCAGCUGGAGAGGGAAGGGAAGCCCGUGCCUGAGCACUUGAAGCCACAGGCUCAUGUGCUAAAUAAGGCAGCAAAGCAGCAGAUGUUUUUGCUGCACCAAAGAGCCAGGGAGAUGGCUUCUGCCCAAAGCCAAGAGGAACUUGAUGAGAUUACUGAAAAGUUUAUCAAGCUCCAGCAAGAUGAGGCCAAAAAAUUGGAAAGCCUGAGGAAGGCCAAAGAUGCUGCAAAUGCAAGCCAGGAUAAAGCUGAUGGGGAUGGUGAUGACACAGUGCCUGCCAGGAAGGCAUAUGUCGGGAAGCACAGGAGCCAAUCAGUGCCUGCAAAAGGCACACCUCCUGAAGCAAAGGAAUCUGGUACAUUGGCAGCUGAUGAUGGAGCAGAUGAUUGUUCUGAAGAGGAGGAAGCUGAUGACACAGUGCCUGACUGGGGGGGUGACACCUCCAAAGAAGGCAAAAAGAAAAAAAAGAAAAGCAAAAGCAGAAGCAGAAGCAGGGCUAAAAAGGAGGCUCCACCAGAGAAAAAGGAUCCAGAUGAUCCACAGGGUCCAAAAGGCCCAAAUCCUCCACCUGCUGCUGCAGCUACAGCUUCUGCCUGA